AUGGUUCCAAUGGAAGGAGCUUUGGAGAAACAGUUAUUCCACAGUGGAGUUCUCUCUUUCAACUGCAGACAAUCAACAAAGCAGGAUUUUCGACCCUCUUUAAACCAACUAAUGUCGACCAACAAAACCGAGUUCAGAAGUUCUUUAGUUCAUCAGAGAAAUAUGGUCAAGGUUUGUGCAGCGAGGAGGAGAAGGGUACAUACCGAUAGUGAAACUUAUGUGCUAUUGGAACCAGGAGAGGAUGAGAAGUUUGUUACGGAAGAAGAGUUAAGGGUCAAGUUGAAAGGUUGGCUUGAAAACUGGCCAGCCAAGAACCUUCCUUCUGAUCUUGCGAGAUAUGAAAGCAUUGAUGAUGCUGUUACUUAUCUAGUAAGGUCUGUAUGUGAACUUGAAAUCCAUGGAGAUGUUGGUUCAGUUCAGUGGUAUGAAGUUCGUUUAGAAUGA